CCUCCCCCUCCUCUCCUCUCUCUCCUCUCUCUCUCUCUCUGUAGUUGUUCUACCGUGUGACAGAGGAGAGGGCUCGCCAGGCGGAGCUCUAUUUGGUGGGCAUGGUGUGCUACUACGGCAAGCACUACUCCACCUUCUUCUUCCAGACCAAGAUACGCAAGUGGAUGUACUUCGACGACGCCCACGUCAAAGAGAUUGGCCCGAAGUGGAAGGACGUGGUGUCUCGCUGUAUCAAAGGCCACUAUCAGCCCCUGCUGCUGCUCUACGCUGACCCCCGUGGGACGCCGGUGAUACUGCAGGACAGCCCCAACCCCUGUACCAGCUCCAACCCGCAGCUGGAGCUCCAGCACUGCAGCAGCAAGGCUGGUUACGACAGCGAAGACUCCGGUCGGGAGCCGUCCAUAUCCAGCGACACUCGCACUGACUCUUCAACAGACAGCUCCAGUCACCGAGCCUCCCGCAGCCGAUCUCUCCACCAGUCGACGGGCAGCCACCUCUCCAGUGAAUCCCAGACCACAGUGGUCUGUAAUUACGACAUUGGCACACCACCACACAUUGCUGACGCCAGAGAGUCAGCAGUGGAGGGUCCUCCUCGCCCUCCCUCUCCUCCCCUGCCGGAGUACAAGGAGACGGCUGUCUUCCUCCUCUCCUCCCGCCGGCCCCUUACCUCCUCCUCCUCCUCCUCUCGUCCCCUGUCCUCUUCCUCCUCGUCAGGAGUAGGGGGCUGUGAGGGUGGGGCAGGCGGCCCCCACUGGGAGGAUGAAAGCACCAGCAGUGAGAGCAAGUCCAGUUCUUCUGGGGGCCGCUACAGGCCAACCUGGAGGCCCAGGAGAGAGGCCCUGAACAUCGACAGCAUCUUCACCCGCCAGCGAGGCUCAUCUCUGGGCUACAACACGCUGCCUGGUCCCUCUCUCCCUUCAGAGCCUCACGACUCCCUCCCUUUGGCGGGACCCGCUCCACCCACAAAGCCAGGGCUGCAAGACGUGGAAGGGAGGGACAUCAGGGAGUUUGAGGUGGGGUUUGGGCUGGUCGGGCAGCCCAGGUCUCUGGGCAGCGGGCGGACAAUGGGUCCACCUGCUCCUCCGCCUCUGAGAGGGGUGGAGCACCAGCCGCGUCUUAUCCAGAGGAUGGAGAGUGGCUACGAGAGCAGCGAGAGGAACAGCAGCAGUCCAGACAGGGAGGUGGGGCAACAGAAACGGGUGCUGAUGUCAGGACCUUCAUGGCGUUCGGUGCCAAAGUCAAAGAGCAGCGGUGCCAUCCUGCAGGAGCUGCCCUCGCCCAGCUGGGGUAGCGUCACCAACACAGGGCGCAGCGAGCUGGACGAGCUGCAGGAGGAGGUGGCGAGGAGAGCCCGCCAGCAGGAGCAGCAAAAGCGGAGGGAGGCCGAGCGGGAGGCCGCCAUGGGAUUCAACCCCAAACCCAGCAAAUUCAUGGACCUGGACCAGCUCCAACACCAGGCUGUGCUCAGACCCCUGCAUGAGGCUAACGCUCAUAGCGGAUUGGCUGUAGCUGCGUGCAUGAGGAGCACUGGGGGCCCAAUCAAACGCAGGCAGGAACAGGAAAUGGAACUGGAGGCAGGAAGCGCCCGUCCAAAGGGGCCUCACAGUGAACAGCCUGGCCCGGUCCAAGUACUGCUGACGCCCAAUCAGGAGGAGGAAGAGGACCCGGCAGUGCCCAACCAGGACGCUGCUCUGGGCCCAGACCCACCCCCUCCACCCUAUCGGCUACCUGCUCCCCCUCGACCCCCGUUCACCCUCAGCAUCGCUCACCCUUACGCCCCUUCCGGCCAAGGAGGAGAGGAGGAGGCGGGUGGUGGAUGCAUGGGGAGGAGAAGGGAGGAAGAGGAGGAUGGGAUGGAGGGCACAGGGGUGAGGCUGUGUGAGUUGCUGCAGGCAGGGGGGGUGAGUGUCAGACCUCUAGGGAAGCACCUAGCCAUCUCUUUGCCCUCACUUCCUCUGCGUCUCUGGGAUACACACGCCACACACACCGCACACUCCACACACCUUGAACCCACACACACACCCCCUACCCCUCUGCCCUCCACUCCUCCCCCGUCCUCCCCUCUGGAAGCCUCUGGGCAAAGGAGACCUUCCGCGCCUCUCUGGCAGCCCCCCCAGCCCCAGUCCCCCACUGUCGCCUCUCAGCACUGGCUGAGGCACGGAGCGGCCUCUGACAGCGGCACGCGCCAUUGGUCCUCCUGGAGCUUGGACCGCCCUGACGCCGUGGUGACGCCAUACAGCACGCCCCCGGACUGCUGCAUUCCCAUCAGGCCGCAGGCGUCCAGCCAGAACUACAGCUACAGUUGCCAGUCCUCUCCUGGGCACUACGGCUCUCAGCAUGCCCCAGGGCAACACGGUGACCCGCGCUGUGACCGCGAAGAGGCUGAGCUGUCUGAGCUUGACUCCCUUUACCAGGCCAGUCUGCAGGCCGGAAAGACAG